GCGGCGGCUGGCCGCGGCCUCCGCUCGGGCCGAGCCCCGCCGCAUGCCGCCCCGCCCGCGCCGCCCAUGGGCGCCGCGGCGGGCGCUCGCCGAGGCCGGUACGAGGAUGUGGACAUCGGUGUGCACCCGGCCGAGGCCUUCGACGCGAGGCCGCCGAAGGGCGGGGCGGGCGGCGCGGUGGGCUCGCGGCAGCCUCGCCCGCAGGAGAAGCCGUCUCCAGUGGAGUCAGUCCGCGUGCGCUCCGCUGGCGGCGGUGCGGCGACCUGGGAUGGAGCCGCCGGCCUCGCCAAGGACCGCGUGGAUCGAGAAGGCGCGCCAGGAGGCGGAGGCGGUGGCGACGAUGUCGCGGAUCGCCCUCUCGAGGCCGCCCGCACCAGGCGGGGACCCCGGCGCAGCGCCCGCGCAGGCGCUGGCUAUCGGCCACGGCGGCGACGAGCCGCAGCGGCCGCGGCCACAGGCGGGCGUCGCCAGGGCGCCGCCGGGCUCCGCCGCCGCCAGGGCGCAGGCCGCCCCCGCCAGGGCUGCGGCGGCCAUAGGCGCGCGGGAGCAGAAGGAGGCCGAGGCCGCCGCGCUGGCCGCCGUGCGGGCCGUGGCGGCGAGCCAGGGCGGCGCGGUCGGCAAGAAGGUGAACUUCGACCUUGGCGUGGCGGCCUUCGCUCCUGGCGUUCCGGCCGCGAGGGUGCCCGCGCAGCAGUUCGAAGACGUCGAGGUGGGGCUGGUGGCGCGCAAGGCCAUCGCCCACUGGGUGCGCUGCGGGCGAAGGAGCCUGGAGGCCCGUCGCCUUCAGGCCGCCGAGCGCCGCCGGGCCCUCCGGCGCAGGCGCGGCGCCAGGAGGCCCGCCCGGGUGGACCGGCUGGUCUCCCUUUUCGCGGAGAGCCAGGAGCAGCUGCAGGACCUGUGCUUGCACGACCCGCGGCAGGUCGUAGCCACCCAGAUCGAGCUGUUGACGCGCCGCAUCGAAUGGUACGGCAAGGAGACCGAUGCAGCGUCGCAAGCGCCGUCCAGCGGGAGAACAGACGGACCCGUGGUGCUGCCCGUGCCGGCGGGCCUCGUCAAGCCCACCGCGCCGAGGCCACCAGCGCGGGUCAUUGCGGCCAUCGAUACGAGCAGCAGGCCAGAUGUCGGCGUGGACGAGGUCGCCGAUGAGAUUGUUCCGCCAGUUCUCCCAAAGAUGCACCGCUGGGAGGCCUCGUUUGACCAGGCCAUGCGCUCGAAGCAGCACUGGAAGCAGGACCAUGCAGCGCGAGUGCAGCGGCAGGCCCCGGCCCAGCCGCCAGCGCAGCAGGCGCCAACGCGCGACCGCGGCACCGGGGCGGACGGCCUGGGGAAGGCUCCGAGCAACGGGGAGCUGGUGGCGCAGCUGCGGGCGGAGCGCGAGAGGCUGGAGGCGCUGUUGCCGCGCUUCGAGCGGC